AUGGGAUUAGCGGACAACUUGAAGGCCAAUGUUGAUGCUUCAGCAGGUGGAGCAUUUUUAAGCAAGUCAUUUAGAGAGUGGUCAAGUAGUGUACCUUACCAAAGGCAACAAGGAUACAACCAGCAAAUUCAGCAGCUAACUUAUCAACAACCUCAACAACGGCAGAUAGUGAGGCAGGAUGAUGGGUUAUCAAAAAUUAAAGGAAUGUUGCAACAACUCAUUGGGGCCAGCAGGAAAAUGAAAGAAAAGGUCCACCAAAUGCAAGAAAAGGUAUUGUCACAUGAUUCGGCUAUCAAGGGCAUUGAGAUUCAACUAGGGAAAUUAUCCAUGUCCCUUAAUAAUCGUCCUCAAGGGACGUUACCUGCGGACACACAUGUCAAUCCAAAAGAGCAGGGCCUAAAGCCGCUUAUGGCGGUGAGCUUGAGAAAUGGUAGAGAUCUUGAUUUAAAGCAAGAAAUUGCUCGUGAGAGCCGGAAAAAGAAGUUGCGGAAGAGACUGAGAAAAUGCAAGAGAAGGUUUUCAGAAAAAGUGCCUGAGCAGGAUCUAACUCAAGCCAAAGAAAAGAAGCGACCUCCAGCACCCUUCCCGCAGAGCUUGGCCAAAUAUCAGAAGGAUGAACAGUACAAAAAAUUCAUGGAAAUGCUGAAGCAAAUUCAGACUUGUAGUGCUGUUGUGUCAAGACCUAUAGCUGAGAAGUUAUCCGACCCUCGAAGCUUCACAAUUCCAUGCACCAUAGAUAGCUAUGCAUUUGCCAAAGCAUUGUGUGAUUUGGGAGCAAGUAUAAAUCGGAUGCCAUUGUCUAUAUAUAAAAAGUUAGGCAUUGGAAGAGCAAGGCCUACAUCCGUGUUACUGCAACUAGCUGACCGAACGGUGAAAAGGCCAUCAGGUAUACUUGACGAUGUACUUGUGCAGCUUGAAAAAUUCGUGUUUCCAGCAAAUUUUAUCAUUCUGGACUGUAAGGUUGAUGAGGAGAUUCCUAUAAUUUUGGGAAGGCCAUUCUUGGCCACAGGGAGAGCUCUGAUUGAUUGUGAAAUGGGGGAGCUGAAGAUGAGGCUGAAUAAUGAAGAAAUAACAUUUAAUGUGCAAAAGUCUAUGCAGUGA